GGGUGGAUCGCAGUUUUCUCUCGCUCCUCUCGCGUGUGUUUCUGCUUCUGUCAGGAUCUCUCCUCUGUUCCGUGUUUAUUCUCUGUGGAUGUUCUGUGGAGAUGUUUGUGUGGAGACGCACAUCGUUUCGGCAGCUGCAGGCGUGUUUUUUCCGACUGCUGUGUUUUAUUCCCACAGGAUUCCCGGUGAUCAGCGUGGACAGUCAGAGAUCCACCGACAACAUCACCAUCAGACAGGGCGACACGGCCGUUAUCCGGUGUUAUGUGGAUGAUAAGGUGUCUAAGGUCGCAUGGUUGAACCGCUCCAACAUCAUCUUCGCUGGAGAGGACAAGUGGUCUCUGGACCCGCGGGUGGAGCUGGUGACUCAGGGUCAGCUGGAGUACAGUCUGAGGAUACAGAAGGUGGAUGUGUUCGACGAGGGGCCGUACACCUGCUCCAUCCAAACCAAACAACAGCCCAAGACCUCACAGGUGUAUCUCAUCGUCCAGGUUCCUGCAACUAUUUAUAAAGUAUCAGAGGACCUGACAGUGAACGAGGGCAGUAAUGUCACACUGACAUGUUUGGCCAAUGGGAGGCCAGAUCCCUCCAUCACCUGGAGACUGCUCAACCCAUCAGCUGAAUCUCUGGAUGUGGGUGAAUAUCUGGAGAUCUCUGGGAUUGUUCGCUCUCAAUCUGGACGUUAUGAAUGUAAAGCCAGUAAUGACGUCUCCACACCUGAUGUCAAAUAUGUCAACGUGAUUGUCAACUAUCCGCCGUAUAUAAAGGAAGUUCGCAGCUCAGAGACGGCGCUCGGACACGCAGGAAUCCUGCACUGUGAGGCGUCUGCCGUUCCACAGCCCGAGUUUGAGUGGUACAGAGAUGACCGCAGAUUGUCGAGCUCUCAAGGUGUCAGUAUUCAGAUCACUGGAUCUCGUACGCUGCUGGUGGUCGCAAACGUCACUGAAGAUGAUUAUGGAAAUUACACGUGUGUCGCCACCAACAGACUGGGAAUACACAACGCCAGCGUCUUCCUUUAUAAACCUGGUACUGGGCGGGACAUCAACGGCUCCUGCAGCAUGUGUCAAUCACUCUGGCUCCUCCUCCUGUGUGUGUUCUGUGCUCCUGUGCAGUGUUAAUGAUCAGCGCAUCGAUCGAUCGUCUCAGACUGUUUCCAUCCAUUCAUCCACCCGCACUCACGCUACGCCCAGAACAACCGCUCAGUUAUUAUCAGGAUCAAAUAUGACAUGGAGGAAAUGAAGAACGGUGCUCUUUUGAAGAACACAAUGUGCCAUUUUAACUGGUUCAAACACUUCCAGUGACACCUGUCUGUCUGUCUGGGCAUCUGACAGUUUGAGUUCAUGUAUGUAAUUUUCCAACAGGAAUCUGGUGUGAAAUUCCAACCACACAGUUUCUGUGUCAAACGCACCUGUCAUCAUCUCGAAAUGCCGAAAAUAGUCAUUUCUUUCAUUGCGUUUAUGUAAAAUAAGGGAAGCAGAUAGACGUGGUAGAAUCAUUUAAGAUCAUUUAAAUGCAAUUAAUGAUGUAUCAGCAUUGCCAAAAGGACAUAAAAUUAGACAUUAAAAUCACACUUUUGUAUUAUUAUAGUAAGAUUUUCUGGUACCAAAUCUUUGGAUCUUUAGUUCUGUUUGUUGUAAACCAGAUUUACAGAAUUAGCAUCACUCUGCUGAUCUGAAAGAUUCUCAGAACAAUCACAGGUAUGUGUGUUAACUGUGUUUUGAUACUUUAGGAAACACUCACGUCAUUGUCAUGCCAGCCAAACAUUAAUGUGUCAUGAUGGACUGUAAAAUCUUGAAUAUUUUCAGAGACGCAGAACAGAAUGCUGCUCCGAUUACUGGAAACAAGUUAAAACCUCAUUAAACCUUCCUUCUCAAACCCCUCCCACAUACUUAACCCCGCCCAUGUCUUAAUUUCCUAUAAAAUCCUCCUUUAUCAUUUAACUCCUCCUUUCUCAUUAACCCCUCCCACAUACUUAACCCCGCCCAUGUCUUAAUUUCCUAUAAAAUCCUCCUUUAUCAUUUAACUCCUCCCUUCUCAUUAACCCCUCCCACAUACUUAACACCACCCAUGUCUUGAAUUCCUUUAAAUAUACUCCUCCCUUAUCAAUAACCCCUCCCACACACUUAACCCCGCCCAUGUCUUAAUUUCCUAUAAAAUCCUCCUUUAUCAUUUAACUCCUCCCUUCUCAUUAACCCCUCCCACAUACUUAACCCCGCCCAUGUCCUGAAUUCCUUUAUCAUUUAACUCCUCCCAUCACAUUAACCCCUAUCACAUACUUAACCCCGCCCAUGUCUUGAAUUCCUUUAAAUAAAAUCCUCCUUUAUCAUUUAACUCCUCCCUUCUCAUUAACUCCUCCCACAUACUUAACCCCGCCCAUGUCUUGAAUUCCUUUAAAUAAAAUCCUCCUUUAUCAUUUAACUCCUCCCUUCUCAUUAACCCCUCCCACAUACUUAACCCCACCCAUGUCUUGAAUUCCUAUAAAUAAACUCCUCCCUUAUCCUUUAACUCCUCCCAUCUCUCCUCCCAUCUCAUAAACCUCUCCCAUAACCUAAACUUACUUGCCCUUAUCCCUCCCAUUUCUUAAACUCCUCCCAUACAAUAUCCUAAGCCCCUCCCCCAUCUGGACCUCAGUUGUUGGCGAUCUGUUGUGCGCGUCUGUGAAAUAGUCAUCAUUAUACUGUAUGAACUUAGAAAUGUACGACACCAAUGAAUGCUUCGCUUUUAUUCACUUUACCUCGUCCUGUCAUGCGACUCGUCAUUUCCAACUCAAACUUCUGUUAACUGUAUAUAUUUUUUUGAGUCGAAUGUCCUCACAUGUAAAUGAAAUCGAAUCAUAAGUUCAGCUUUCUUAGUAGUGAACACAUAGUUAAUUAUCUGCGGCGGCGUUUUGACGCUUCCUAUAAGAGAUUAUGAAAUUAGAGUGUAAAACUAGGGGGUUUUAAUACAAAUAAUUUACACAAUAUUAGAUUUACCUUUGAAACGGCACUACUAUUCUUAGACACUGGUCAUUUCUGUUAGGUGUGAAUGACUGAUUGCCAAAAUGAUUUACCCCAUUAGAUUAAAAAAGCCAUUAAACGAGACAAAUUAAUUAUAUACAGACCUAAAUGGAAACUUUUGUUUAAAAAAGUGUUUUUCUUUGCUUGCUUUAUUUUGUUGAAUGAGCAUUGACGUGUCUGUCUGUGAAUUCAAAGCUGUGAGAUUGUUGGGCGACACCCACCGCCCUUUGAUUGACAGCACUCACAGCCAAUAAGCUUUCAGUGUGUGAGCUCUGCUGCCUUGAUUGGAUGAACCCGCUCGUCUCCGGUGUGAUUGACGGAGCGCUGAGGGUGUGAUUCACGCGUCUCCUUUAAGGGGCGGUCACAUGAGGCUUUGAGCACGCUAAUUACGUCACAGAUAAUAUUAAAAAUGUAAAAAUAUAUUGUCUACUCACUUUCCUGCAACAAUUUAAAAAAGCAGCUUUGAAAUAAAUGUAUUCUUUAAAUUGAGCCAAGAGGUCAGCGUGUGACGUUUCCAACUUCUAUUGGUCAUGUGAUGCGCAGUGUGACCGCCCCUUUAUCCGCAAAAGCUCCGCCCACUUUUUGCACUCUGCGGAUAUUUGGGUUUCAUCUGAUCCAAAGUCAAACUUCUCUGUCCACAAGAACAGGACAAAUAGAUUUUCUAUGUGAAGAAUGUCUGUGUACGCUUCUCAUGGCUGUGUGUGUGUGUGUGUGUGUGUGUGUGUGUGUGUGUGUGUGUGUGUGUGUGUGUGUGUGUGUGCUGAUUUGAC